UUAAUGUUUUCUCCGCCAAAAGUGCAUCCUUUUGAAGAAAAUUACAUUCAGAAAGUGUUAAUGGAUAUUGAACGCAGCCCAUUAUUGUAAUAUGAAAUACCUUCUGAUCUUUAAUUAUUGUAUACGAUUGAUAUAUGAUAUUUAGUAAAUCUUAAAGUUUAUUAUGCGAUGAUGAUCAGCAAUCACCUUUUCAGGCUUCUAGAAAUUUACCACUUUAAAGGUUCAAUUCAGAGGUGUUUCAUGAUUUUUCAGGGUGUCAAUAAUAAAUAAUAGGAGAUAAUAAUAAAUUUUUGAAAACAAGAAAAUUUAGAGCUGACUUAUCGAAAUUCACAGGAGAUUUUGAAGUGAUACAUCAAAUAGGAAGAGGUUCAAAGGGAGUAGUUUUUAAAGUGUUAUCAAAAGUUGAUGGAUUGUAUUAUGCAGCAAAAAAGGUACCAAUGGAGGAUAAUAUUUAAACUUUGACAUUGGAUGGACAAGUGCAAUUUAAUUGCUGUUAUCAACAUUAAGGAUUUUUGUAUAUAAUAAUGGAACAUUGUGAGUAUUCUUUAAAGUAAAGACUUAUGUAAAGAGUUUACGAAUCAGAAAUUCGAUAGAUAAUAGUAGAUGUUUGUGAAGCCUUAUAAAACUUCCCUUAACCACAUCUACAUAUUCAUGGUGGAAAUGUAUUGCUAAGCAAACAAAUGAAGUAUAAAUUAAGUGAUUAUGGAUAUUCAAAUAAUACAGUUCAUUCUGCCCCUGAAAAAAUAAAGAGCAAAUUAUCAGAUAUUUAUUAGCUAGGGGUUUUACUUAUGGAAUUAAUGUUAGAAAAAGAAUUAAGUUAGAUUAGUUCUUUGGUUUUACAGAAAUUCGAUAAUUUAUCAUAUUAUUCAGUAUCAUUGAAAUAAUAAAUCAAAAAAAUGGUAUCAGUGAUUCCUGAUCAGAGACCAGAUAUUUAAUAAUUAAUUAAUUUUGCUAAAGUAAACUUAGAUUAAGAAUUAACUUUACUUCAAGAGUAGAAUGCUGAAUUGUAAAAAUAAAUUGAUCAAGUAAAGCCAAAAAGCAGAAGAAGAAUUUAGAGUGAAUGA